AUGCGCUGUAUGGUUAUCUGGAGCACAGCGGUGAUAUUUUCGAUAAAAGCUCACAAUUUCGAAGAAGACGUCAUCAACUACAAGGACCGCGGCUUUUCCUCGUAUAGGUGCGAUCUAAAAAACGAAGAUGGCACUGACGUCCACUGCUACGGAAAAACGCUCAUGGAAAUACCUGGAAAUCUGUCGCGAUCGCUAAGGAAGUUGACGGUCACAGACAGCCACAUCAAGUGCAUCACAAGGUCCUCUUUUGACCCCUACAGGAAGGAGAUGAGAGACGUCACCCUUUCAAACCUCUACAGCCUAAGGGUGAUAGAAGAUGGUUCAUUCGCCAAUAUGUCAGAUCUGAGGACAUUGUAUAUAUCGUAUUCACCACAAAUAAAGUUUCUACAUGGACUUCUAAUGGGCGUAACUUCAUCAACUUUCUAUUCUUUGAGAAUUGUUUGGACUAGACUAAGAGAAAUCCCAGAUCUUGGCCACCUACCAGCAAAUAAUACCAUGUUUCUGCUAGAUAUGGAUCAUAAUCAUAUCGAGAAGAUACCAGCAAACACCUUUAGAUUGUCAGCUCAACAAGUGACCAUGAAUUUUAAUAAAAUAACAACAGUGGAAGAUUAUGCUUUCAAUGGAUCAGAGAUAGCAGAACUAUACAUGCACUCAAAUUACAAUCUGAGGAAUUUAGGUGAAAAUGCGUUCAAUGGACUCAGUAGCCUUCGACUCUUAGAUUUAUCUUCGACUUCCAUAGAUAGUCUUCCGAUGAAAGGGUUGCAGCAGCUAGAAACUCUCAAAAUUGAGGGUACCCCAACAAUGAAAACUAUACCAAGUAUUUAUGAUCUCAACAAUUUGAGGGAAGCUAGACUGACCCAUUCCUUCCACUGUUGUGCUUUCCAAUAUCCCGCACAACAUAACCCCAAAAAGCACGCUAUAUUCGAAGAAAACAUGAAGAAAAUUUGCAAGGAAUUGAACCAACCACAAGGUUUGAGAAGUAGGAGAUCUUUAGAAUCUGGUGAAUGGAAGUAUACCACAUACAAUCAUUCGAAUUCAUCGAAGAAAAAAUCUGAUUUUCCGAUCUACCCGAAUAAUAUCCACAAUGACAUGUUGGUUCCGUUGAGAGGCAAAGCUAUCGAUAAGGAAGAAGCUAGAUUCACCGAUGAUGAUUUCAGCGAUGAUGAGGACGAAGGUUUUUUCCAUUCCGAAGCUGCUGACAUUGACGAACAGCAGCUUGAAUCACAUUGUGAUGAAAUUAUAUUUCGGAUUCCUGAAGUGGAAUGUUUUCCUGAGCCCAACGCAUUGAACCCCUGCGAAGACAUCAUGGGUCUCUCCUGGCUGAGGAUUUCAGUUUGGUGUGUGAUCGUACUAGCCAUACUAGGAAACUUAGCCGUAAUAACAGUAAUGGUUUUCGGCGAAUCAGAAAUCACGGUGGCAAGAUUCCUCAUUUGCAAUCUGGCGUUUGCUGAUUUUUGCAUGGGGUUGUAUCUAUUGCUCAUUGCUUCGAUGGAUUACCAUUCGGUUGGGGCCUACUUCAAUUUCGCAUACAAUUGGCAAUAUGGAAUGGGUUGUAAAAUAGCAGGAUUUCUGACAGUAUUUUCCAGCCACUUAUCCAUUUAUACUCUGACCAUUGUUACCUUGGAACGAUGGUUUGCUAUAACAUAUGCCUUGCAUUUAACUAAACGUAUAUCUAUCAGAUCUGCCAUGUAUAUUCUUUUUGGAGGGUGGAUUUAUUCGAUAACAGUUGCCGCAUUGCCCAUUUUGGGUGUCAGUAAUUACAGCAGUACUAGCAUAUGCCUCCCGAUGGAAACCAACGAGCUGAUCGACAAAGCCUACUUGUACACCGUCAUAUUCAUCAACGGCUUCGCGUUCGCGCUGAUCGUCUUCUGUUACGUCCAGAUCUACCUCAGCCUCGGCUACGAAACGCGCAGGGCCAGCACCAAGGGCGAGAUGUGCAUCGCCAAGAAGAUGGCCCUCUUGAUUUUCGUGGACUUCGCCACGGUGGCCCCAAUCGCCUUCUUCGGGCUGACGGCUCUGGCCGGCUACCCGCUGAUCGGAGUGACCAAGUCCAAGAUUCUGCUGGUGUUCUUCUAUCCGCUGAACGCGUGUGCCAAUCCUUAUUUGUAUGCGCUGAUGAACGGGCAGUACAGGAGGGAUUUGUAUAUGUUGGUGGCAUGGUGUGGAAUUUGCAAGAAAAAAGCAGAGAACUACAGACUCAGUGACAGUCCAAUGUCGCAUCACGUUUUGAAAAGAUCAUCGAAUCAACAUUCCAAUGGAACAUGUACAACGCGAUCAAAUUCAAAUACUGGAGCAUCAUAUGUAUAA